UGAAAGUAAUAGAUUUUUGAAUUCAAUUAGUCUUUAUAUUAUUUUUUUUUUUUUAAGUUAGGUAUAGGGUUAUUUUCUUUGACUUCUUUAUUCACUAUUCUUGAAAAGCACUAAACUUCAAAGCAUACAAAGAUAUCAACAAACCUUUUGUGAGUAGUUAUGAUUUAUCUCUUAAGUUGCCAAUUGGUAUUAUACUAUUAUGUACAAAAAUUAUUCUGAAAAUGUAGCUUCACCGAAGACAGUACGUACAUCAACUCAGUUAAUUACGUCUAUUUGAAUGCGAAUGUUUUACUCUUAAUCCUGAUUAUUGUCACCCUCUCUAGGAAUAGUCAAAAACGAAUUGUGUUUUGAUUCGUUUCAAGACAAUGAUACAAAGAUGGGGAAGAUGCUCGCCAUCAAUGCGUCAAUGUCGGUGAGCAAAUUAUAAAAUGGUCGUCUGUCUCGUAUGGACAUUGGAGAGUGUCCAAAAAUACACGAUAAUGCACUAAGAGCAGAUUUUGAAAAAGCUCAACAGAAAUUUGAUUACUAUUAUGAUGUAGAUGCCACUGAACAUUUACAAGCAUUUAUUAGUGAUUGUGAUCGAAGAACAGAAGCAGCUCGUAAAAGAUUAUUAGAAACUCAAGAGGAACUAACAGCUGAAGUAGCUGAAAAAGCCAAUGCUGUUCACGAGUUGGCUGAAAAAAUAGGUCAAACAUUGGCCAAAGCUGAAGAAUUGGGUGCCCAAGGUUUGGUGGAUGAAAGUCUUAAAUUAAUGGGAGAAAUAGAAGAAUUGAGAAAAAAAAAAUCAGAAGCUGAAGAUACUUAUAGAAACUCAAUGCCCGUGAGCAGUUAUCAACAGCAAAAAUUAAGAGUGUGUGAUGUUUGUUCAGCUUACUUAGGUAUACAUGAUAAUGAUAGAAGAUUAGCUGACCAUUUCGGAGGAAAACUACAUUUAGGAUUUAUUAAAAUAAGAGAAAAACUUACUGAGCUUGAAAAAAACUAUGAAGAAAGACAUGAAGCUCGCCGUAAGUUUGAUGAGCAAGAACGUGUCAAAAGAGAUGAUAAAAGAAGUUACAGAUCUAGAAGUAAAGAUAGAAAUGAUCGUCACCGACGAUCUAGGUCACGGAGUCGUCAUAGCAGACACCGUACACGGAGUCGAAGUCGCAGUCGUAGCCACAAACAUGAUAGACGAGAUAGAGAUAGACGUCGCUAUUGAUAAUGAAUUAUAUUGUUUCACUAAUAUAUUAUACAUAUA